UGCGCAUGUGACCCUCUCCCGUACACAGUCGUGCACAGCUGCUCCUGCUCGCCGGACCUCUCUCUCCCUCUCUGUCUCUCUCCUAGUUCAUUCAUACAGGACAGCUGUAACACCUGCUUCUACAUGUCGCUAACGAAGCUCAGUAUCGACAAGGUGGACGUCAAGGGGAAGAGAGUCCUCAUGAGGGUGGACUUCAAUGUUCCCAUGAAGGGAAAGGAAAUUACCAACACCCAGAGAAUUGUGGCUGCUAUCCCCAGUGUUAAGUAUGCCCUAGACCAGGGAGCCAAGUCUGUGGUGCUGAUGAGUCACCUGGGACGGCCCGACGGCAGACGACAGGACAAGUUCUCGCUCGCGCCCGUGGCUGACGAACUCAAGAAACUCUUGGGGAGGGAUGUGACGUUCCUGCCUGACUGUGUGGGAGGGGAGGUGGAGGCGGCCUGUGCUGACCCCGCCCCGGGGUCUGUCAUCCUCUUGGAAAACCUGCGCUUCCACAUUGAGGAGGAGGGGAAGGGAGUGGACGAAGGGGGAAACAAGGUGAAAGCAAAGCCAGAUGAUGUGACUGCCUUCAGGUCCUCUCUCACCAACUUGGGUGAUGUGUACGUCAAUGAUGCCUUUGGAACGGCCCACAGAGCUCACAGUUCCAUGGUUGGAGUGAACCACUCCCAGAGAGCCUCAGGUUUCCUUCUGAAGAAAGAGCUGGACUACUUCAACAGGGCUCUGCAGAACCCCAACAGGCCCUUCCUGGCCAUCCUUGGAGGGUCCUUUCCUGAGGGCAAGGCUAUUUUUGGCCCUGUGUGCAGUACUGCCAGUGCUAAAAUCAAGGACAAGAUACCCCUGAUCGAGAACAUGUUGGACAAGGUCAAUGACCUCAUCAUCGUAGGAGGCAUGGCCUUCACCUUCCUCAAGGUCCUGAAUGGGAUGAAGAUUGGGUCAUCUCUCUUCGACAAGGAAGGGGCCAAGAUCGUUGAGCACUUGAUGGAGAAGGCGAAAAAGAAUGGUGUUGCAAUCCACUUCCCAGUGGACUUCGUCACCGCAGAUGCCUUUUCUGAGAGUGCAGCAACAGGCACAGCCACAGUGGAGUCUGGGAUACCGGAUGGAUGGAUGGGAUUGGACUGUGGGCCUGAAAGUGGGAGGAAGUUUAAGGAGGUGAUCUCCAGGUCUAACACCAUUGUUUGGAAUGGGCCGGUGGGUGUGUUUGAGUUUGAGAAGUUUGCUGCGGGGACUAAGGGAAUGAUGGACGAUGUUGUGGCUGUUACACAGAAGGGAGCUGUCACUAUUAUUGGGGGAGGUGACACAGCGACUUGCUGUGCUAAGUUUGGUACCGAGGACAAAGUCAGCCACGUCAGCACUGGGGGUGGAGCUAGCCUGGAACUACUGGAAGGGAAGACAUUACCAGGGGUGGCAGCUCUCUCGGAGGCCUGAACGGAAGCAUGGAGAAACACUGUCAAAGUCAAACUGUAGAUGCGAUAUUCAAUAUAGCCUGAAAAUGGUAGUUUCUACAAUGUACUGGUGCUGUGUUUUCUAAGCAUUGUGGCUGAUAUUGCUUUGGGCAAAGGGGACCAGUAGAACUGAGCAACCCCUGCAAACAUUACUGUACUUUUUAGUAGUACAAAAUGUACAUCAUAAGUCCACUGUCCUGUAACAUACAUUUAUAAGCAAACAGACUUAACUUUUGAAAGUUAAGUUAACUGUUGGACUUUGAUGUGUGAGAAUAUACCAAUCCUGGCUGUCCAUCACCAUUAGCAGUUCAACCAAUGAAAGCUUGGCAAUUAGUGAUUUGA